AUGGAUGCUAUGAAGCUAUUUAUACUUCUUAGUUUUCUGCUUCUUGAAGGAGGAACUCUUGUUCUUAGCAGAAGUAGCAGCAGUCUUACUCGCAGCUUCUUUUGGAGAAGUCUUCUUAGAGCCUUUGGCUUCACCCUCUUUGGUAUCCUUGAUUGUUGGAGAUGAGUUCUUAGUUUCAGGAGAGGACUUUGUAUCUUUAGAAGAGGCUUUACCAUUCUUUGGACUUAUCUUCUUGUCCUUCUUGUCCUUCUUGUCCUUUGGGCUAUCCUUCUUCUCUUUGGACUCAGCCUUCUUACCUUUAGAAGUAGCAUCUUUAUCUUUAGGGCUGCUCUUGACAUCCUUUUUCUUCUCUUCCUGACUUGCUUUCUUGUGUUCUUUAGUGCCAGCUUUCUUACUAUCUUUAGGACUUGUUUUCUUUUCUUUUUGGAUAUCUUUCUUAUCUUUUGUAGCAUCUUUAUCCUUAGUAAUUUCCUUUUUAUCUUUCUCUGUAUCCUUCUUAUCUUUAGUAGCAUCCUUCUUAUCCUUCGCUACCUCCUUCUUCUCCUUAGCAGCUUCCUUUUUAUCUUUAGGACUGUUCUUUUUCUCUUUAGUACUAACUUUCUUCUCUUUGACAUCCUCCUUCCCAGGACUAUCCUUCUUUUUCUUAGGACUAUCUUUCUUUUUCUUAGGACUAUCUUUCUUCUUUCCUGCUACUUUCUUCUCCUCUUCUACUUUACCCUUUUUGCCUUCAUCUUUUUUAACGGUCUCUUCUUCUUCUCCUUCAGCUUCUUCACUGCUCAUGUCUUCAUCUUGUUCUUGUUCUUCUUCGCCUUCUGCUUCUUCUUCCAUUUCUUCGUCAUUUUCUUCACCUUCGCCUUCGCCUGAGUCUUUUUGACUGUCUUGGCUUUUAGCCUCUUCUUGUUCGCCUUCGCCUUCACCUUGGGAUUCGGAGUCUUCUGAAGGUUCAUCAUCUUCUUCAAUCUUUUUGGUUUUGGCGGUUUUAGCGGCUUUAGUGGGUUUAACAACCUUUUUAGCGGGUUUAGUAGCCUUGCUCUUUUUGGAUUUCUUUGGAGAUUCUUUCUCAGACUCCUCCUCCUCAGCUUCAGAGCUUUCUUCAUCUUUAGAAGCCUUCUUUGCCUGACGCUUGCUUUUCUUUGGAGUAUCUUCUUCAUACUCUUCAUCAGAAGAGUUUUGAUUUUCUCCCUUUUUGGCUGACAUUUUCUUAGUUGCAUUUGCAGCAGCAAGCCGGCUUGAUCUACGAAGAAUUGAUGAGGAUUUAGCUACAUUUUUAUCUUCAGAGACUUCCUCAUCGUCAAACUCUUUCUUAGAUACUUUCCGGGUCCUCUUCUUGCCACUAACCUUAUUCUCUUUUGUGGUCUUUUUUGGAGGAGCUUUGGUCUUCCUUGAAGAUGUCUUUCUAGUCUUCUUAACUUCUUGCUUAGGAGCAUCAUGAUCGUUGUUCUCUUCAACAUCGCUCUUUUCAGACUUAUUUGUGUGAGAAGUCCUUGCUGACUCCUUAUUGAUAUCUUCUUCAUCAGAUGGGUUCUUCAUUUCAACAUCCUUUGUUGCUUUCUCAAUCUUCUUUGACUUUUCAGCUGCCUUUGUCUUCUUGCCUUUAGUCUUGAGACCUUUUCCUGCGACUUUUGUUGCAAUUUUUCCUUUAGUCAUGUUGGGAUGCUUAGUAGAUUAAAAUGACUAAUAUCGACUGGGAUAUAUAACUCCUAUCCAAAAAUACGAACCUAA